AUGAUGCGGCGAUCGUCGCUCGAGCCCUCUGAUGCAGUCGGAGAAAUGCAGGACCCAAAUCCCAUGCCCGACAACACCGAGUCAAUUGAUCUUUCUCCCGACGACUCGCUCUCGUUGCCGCCGCCGCCGCCUGCCGACGACAUGGACAUCGAACUCUCCGACGUCGAGGCAGAGAAGCCCCGAGUACAUCCCCCGCCGCCGCGGAUCGCCGCACGCCUCAUUUACCAUCCAACCAGCCAGUCCCGACGCAGCAGCGCAGCCUCGUCCCGCCGCAAUAGCAUCUCAUCUCGUUCCUCCCACGGCCACGGCCGCAUCUCGGGCCCCCAAUCCAAGUAUGUCGCACAGCACCUGCGUCGCGUCGCGAUUCUCGAAGAUCGCAAGGCGCGGCUGGCCGACCGAGCCGCGCACGCAGAGAAGGUGCGGUUGCGCGCCGCGCUGGCCAAAGCAGCCGCUCGCAACAACGCCCUGAGCGAAGAGCGCGCACUGGCUGCGGCCCAGGCCCGCGAGCGCAACCUGGCCGAGAUCGCUGCCGCUUGCGCAGAGGAAGUGCGGCGCGCCAAGGCGAUCGCGGAGAGUAUGAAGGAGAAGAGGGAGCAGGAGAUGAGGAAGUUGCGUAUGCAGAUGGAGGAGAGGCUGGCCGAGGCCGAGAGGAGGAGGGAGGAGUUGCGGAAUGCGAGGGCAAAGGGGAGGGAGCGUGGGCAUAGUCUCGGCUCGAGAAAGCCCGCGUCCGUUGAGCCUACGCCGGAGGUUAAGGGGGAGGAGGUCAAGGCUCCUGAGAGGAGGAAGCCCAUGACGCCAGAGGUCGCCGCUAGCAAGAUCCAGUGGUAUUGGCGGGCUAGGCAGCGGAAGCGGACUGUCGCGGAGUUUGCGGCGCUGGGCCUGUCGCUUGAUGCGGUCCGGGAGACUUCGUUUGAGCAGGUCACGGUGCUGCUCUCGCAGGAGAGCGUGCUGAUGCUCACAGCCCGGGUGCUUCGGAUUUGUGGCCUCAACGAGGGCGCGCCGGGGUCUGUCGAGGAGAUGGCCGCUGUCAGGUCCUUCCUCAGUGCCUUCUUGAUCUUGGGUCACCCAGCCCAGGUUCUUAGCAACAAGGAGGAAAAGGAUGACCCGGAGGAUGACAGUCCGCCUGUGGCGCACCCUCUGCCCAAGGAUAGCUUGGCCAACCCGCAAUCGCAAGAGCUUGUGGGUAAGGCCAGGGACUUGCUGGUGUUGUUCGAGAAUAUCCUGGGUCGCUUGACUCCAUUCAACAGCUACACGCCGCCGCCGAGGCUGCAGGCCUCGUUUCCCGAAGUCUACGCUACCUUCUACAACGCCUUGAUCGCGUGGAAAGCGAGAGAUUCUACCUCCUUGGUUGAGCUAAUGGUGAUGCAGUUCGUCGAGUUGGACGCUAUCUGGGAGUCUGUCAAGGAUACCACAGAUGGCGAGGUCGACCAACUUUACAAGGAGAGUAUUCGAAACAACCAGCUGCUCUUAUUGGUGCGAAUCAAGAAGCUUGCUGGCGCAGAAAGGGGCAAGAAGAUGGUGGCAGAUGCCGUGCGCAAGGCCCGCAAGGCGAGGGCGAAGAAGCCCGUCGGCGAUACGAAGCCGCGUGUUGCAGAGCAAGCCGUCACGGAGACUGCCAUGGGAGUGCUCGGAGUCGAGGAGACUCACCCUCACCCCGAGUCUAGCCGGCAACAGCAACCGACUCAGACCCUGACGCCCCCGGCGACUCCCAAUCGGCAUCGCGAGCCCUUCAAGGUCAGCAUUGUCAUUCCUACGGGGAAGAGUUUGCUGCCGGACAACCGGAUCGUCGUCCAUGAGCUUGCCCUCAACAAGGAGUUCCGGACUGAGCCACACGAGUACCAUCAGCAACAGGAGCACAUGCUCGCGCCGCUGUUCCAGGGGAUGCGGGCGACGAUGCAGUCAGGCGAUCAGACGGCUCAUUUUUUCCUUCUUCUCCGUGUCGCCGACAUGAUUCGGGAGAAGCUGCAACGUCUGGUCAGGCCGGGCAACUCCAUGCAUACAAUGAUUGGGGAGCUGCUCGACACGGAAAUUGCCCAGCGCCAGUUCGCUAUGGGCAGCUUUUCGUAUGAGCGCUUCUUCCAGACUAUGGGCGCCCUUCUUCCGAAACUCUGUGCGCCCGUUCGCGACGAAGAGGUCAAGAAGCUGGUCGAACAAAAGCUCAGCCAGGGCAGCUACGUCGACCGCCUUGAAGCUCUUAAUGGCUUCGUCGACGUCAUGCUCAGCGACUACGCAAACUACCUCCUCUCACUCGCCGCACCCAAACUCAUCGAGCAGGCCCCAGCUUACGAAAUGCGUGCCUUCGCGGCUGAUCUUGAGGCCGGUCGGGUUACGUUGUCAGCCGCAACAAGGGCAUGGCGUCUCGCGCGCAAGAAGCUUUUUGCCGAGACCACGCGGCGCGACCCAGAAGGCGUGAACCAUCCCGGCUCGCGGCCCACGGCAAACCGGAUUUACGCACAGCUGCUCGUCGACCUCUUCACCCAAGUCUCCCCCGUCGCCCGGGAAGAUGUCCCCGAGAUGUUACUGCUCGACUACAAGCGCGUCCUCGAAGCAGGGAAGCUCACUCGCCAUGUCGUCACCACGGCAGCAAUCCUGCUGCAAUGCAAGAACCUUCUCAAGCGUGACGUCCGCGCGCCAUGGAAGGCCGAGGCGGCGCGGAUCAUGGCUAUCCUCGAACGGUGCGACGACCAGCCGGGUAAGAUGACGGCCGAGGUUGCCGUCGAGGGGAUCAUGGCUGCGCUCGAGGCAGGUAGGUCCAUGCCGUCUGCUACGAAGAUGCAGUUGCGCGGCUUGGUCGGGAAGUUCCUCGCUGCGGGGAAGGAGGUGGCCUCCCCUCCUUCGACAUCAUCAUCGUCUCAGGGUAUUGGUGGUUCCGACCCCCGAGAGCCGGUUUUGAGACUCUUACUCGGCCGGUUGAGGAGUCAUAUGCUUGCACGACUGGGCGCGGCGUCGGCCACGGAAAAGGUCAAGGCGACCAGCACGGCGGGCGAGCGGCUCGCAUCGCUGGGCUUGGCUGAGUUCGUGGAUAAGGUCCGGGAUAUGGUGGAUAUGAUGGGACGGGUGUCGGCUGUCGAUCGGGAUGCGCAUGGGGUUUGGUGGGAUAAAGUUGCUGAGGAGGUUGAGAGGGAAGCUCAGGAAGAAGCAACAGCAACACCGUGA